AUGAAUGCUAAAUUUGAAGCGCGGCUCCGCAAUCUGCUCCCCAGGCCUAGCGCGCCGCCAUCGGCGGUGCAUUGCGCUCGGCCUGGCAGCGGGCGAGCGGCAGGCCGCUGCGUGCCGGGGGGGCGGGGCCCGCUGGCGCGCGGGGCCUUAGCGCCUGGCGCCCCGCCUCCCGGGGCGGCCGCCGCGCGUCCGCCUUUCGGCGGCCCUUGGGCCGGGGGCGGCGGUGUCGGAGGGACGCUCGGCUGCGGCGCCGGCGCCGCUGGGCACGCCUCGCGAGCCCGCGCAGGGCCGCUGAGCGGCUGCUGCGGAGAGCGGCGCUGUGGAGAGCGGCGCUGCGGGAGAGCCGGCGCUGAGGAGAGCGGCGCUGCGGGAGAGCCGGCGCUGUGGAGAGCGGCGCUGUGGAGAGCCGGCGCUGUGGAGAGCCGGCGCUGUGGAGAGCGGCGCUGUGGAGAGCCGGCGCUGCGGAGAGGCGGCGCUGAGGAGAGCGGCGCUGCGGAGAGCCGGCGCUGUGGAGAGCGGCGCUGCGGGAGAGCCGGCGCUGCGGAGAGCCGGCGCUGCGGGAGAGGCGGCGUGGGCCGGGCGGAAGAAGGCGCGGGAGAGCGCAGCCCCCGGCCGGCGGCCUGUCCGCGGCGCGAUCGGGAGCGCUGCAGGGCUCCGCGCUUAUCUCAAGUUCUCAUUUACGUCGGCAAGCGGACGUGGCAUUUAAAUAGUAAAAGUGUAUAGCAGUAGUCCCAUUUCUUAAACCGUUCCCGUGAA